UUCUAUAAUAUCGUCUAUUUUCAUUCUUUAAAAACAUGUUUCGUUAUUCUCUUUUUUCUAUUCACAUUUUUAUAUUUUUAUCAAACUUCGCAAGUUAUCUUACACAAGUGAAUUGUUAUAUGUUACCUACACCAACGUUUGAAAUUUUGAAACCGAAAGGAAUUCGUGUAUCGAUACCAGAUGAACCUGGUGUACGAUUCUUUGCAUUUCAAGGAAAUGUGAAUAAGAAAAUUGCCUUCAAUGAAUUUGGACAAAUAUCAGGUGAAACAUAUAGAAAAGAAGGUGGGAAAUGGAGUAUUCAAAAUGAAAAUGUAAACUUAGCGAAAGGAGACGUCAUACAUUAUUACGUUUACGCGCAAGUUAAUGAGGGCGUACAUAACAGAGGUGAAGAAACCUUUACAGUCGAGGUUGCACAAAAUCUACUCUUCCACGAUAAUUUUGAUUUCUUCGAUAAAUCAGUAUGGAAGCAUGAAGUUAAGAUACCAGUCAGUCCUGACUACGAAUUUUGUGUUUUCCAAAAUGAUCAGCAUACUUUCUUAGCAGACGUUACGGACGGAUUACUUAAAAUCGUGCCAGAGAUUUUAGAAGACAGAUAUGGAGAAAAUAUUACUACAUUCGGGACACUGAUGCUUAGUGAGUGUAGUAGUGAAAUCGCUGCAGAAUGUACGCGAAAAGCUACAUCUUUUAAUAUUUUACCACCUAUUAUGUCUGCCCGAUUAGUGACGAAGGAAACGUUCAACUUUCGGUAUGGUAAAAUCGACAUAAGAGCGAAAUUUCCUGAAGGUGAUUGGCUAUAUCCAGAAAUGAUGCUGAAACCAAAAUAUAAUUAUUACGGUCCUAACUAUGCCAGCGGAUGUAUUAUCCUUGGUCUUGCUCGUGGUAACGAGAAUUUAAUUAAAACUACCGAUGGAUGCAUAUACGACUCAAGAAGAUUAGAGUGCGGAUUUAGGAUUAACACAUCAGGCAACGUUACAAAUUACUUGGUUUCUGAAACGAAAGAAAAUGGUCCAAGAUGGACGAAAGGCUUUCAUAUUUAUACGACAAUUUGGGAUUCCAAUGGAUUUCAAUUUCUUGUAGAUGGCAAAGAAAUUGGUAGAUUGAAUCCCCCAACAGAUAGUUGGUUACACAGGAAUAAUUUCAACACUAUGGCACCUUUUGAUCAGGAGUUUUAUAUCAUACUCGGUGUGGGAGUUGGUGGUAUUCGCGUUUUCCCUGAUGCAACAACUAGUUCAGAACAUGUAAAACCAUGGAAAAAUGUCGGUGCGAAGGCAAUGCUCCGGUUUUGGCACGCAAGAGAUCAGUGGUUGCCGAGUUGGAGGCGAGAAAAUAAGAAGAAACUAGCCUUCGAAAUUGAUUAUAUCCGAGUGUGGUCACUUUAAAAAUCAUUAUA